ACAGCUACAAAAUUCAAUCUGGUUUUCUGUUUUCUUCUCCGCGCUUUCCAAACAAAAAUAGCACUUUUUUAUUAUUAUGAAAGAUAGGUAUACAUUUAUCAUGCUUAGAUAAUGUACUACUCCGAAUAUAUUACUUUGUGCGCUCAUACUUAGGGUAAACUACUCGUAUCGUAUAAGUUAACAAAUGAAACAUAAGCGCGGAUAUUACGAUGUUUUUGUACGAACUUGUGCCAAGAAUCCAUCCAGGGUUGCCGUGACUCUGUACAAGGAUGGCGUGUACAAGAAAUACACGUACUCAGAGCUGUACGGCGUGUGCGAAUGUAUCUCCCAGAAUAUUCAACAAUUUCAAAACAAGAGAGGGGUAAUCGGCCUUAUAUCGAAGAGGAACAUUCUAAUCCCAUGCGUUGUAGCCGCAGCCCACAAAUGCUCUACAACAUUUAUGUUUCUUGAUCCUAUGCAGGAUAUUGACAGUGUAAUUCAAAAUGUUAAAUUUACAAUUUUUGUCAUCAUCAAUGAUGCAGAAAGAGGGUCCACGGCGGAGCUAUUUGGCAAAAAGCCAGAUAAGACUAUUGAGGUGUUUGACAUGGUUGUGGAUUUUUUUAACCAAGACCAUAGUUCGCAAAACAAUUCCUUUGUGGCAGAACAUUCCUUUAUUGCACAGACUUCUGGUAGCACUGGAGGACCCAAGCACAUACAAGUCCCAAUUCAGAGCAUACAGCCUAACGUAGAUGAUCUCACCAGAAUGUUUGACAUUACCCAAGAUGACGUCAUUUACUUCUCCACACCACUCACCUUUGACCCUUCCAUGAUUGAGAUACUCCUAGCUUGCAUGAAUGGUGCCUCACUUCUCAUUGCACCAGAUAAAGCAGAAGUUCUAUUCCCUUCAAACAAGGAAAACUUUAUAACUGUCUGGCAAACCACACCCUCUAAAUUUUUUCAGUACUCCAAUGCUGAUAUCAAAAACAAAAUUUUAAGUGCAAAUUCAACACUAAAAAUACUAGCUUUAGGGGGAGAACCACUGAACGGAAUCAAAAGGUUGCAGGAACUGAAAGACAAGAACAAUAAGACGAGAAUAUUCACCCUGUAUGGAGUAACUGAAAUGUCCUGCUGGGCUAGUGUGGCAGAAUUAGACCUUGAGAAAGUCCAGACUGAUAGGGAGGUUCCACUUGGUGAUUGUCUGUCAGAGACACAAAUUAUAGUAGAGCCCAUUGAAAUGGCCAACAAAGUUGGUGAAAUUAUAUUAGUGAGUAAUACAAGACGGUGCGUUAUAUUAAAUAAAUAUAAAAGAGAAAAUCCCACAAAAAUUGACACAGGUGAUUUAGCAGAAGUAAAGCAUGGCACCAUGUACUACAGAGGCCGAAAAGAUGACAUCAUAAAGAGAUUUGGCAACAAAGUAAAUUUACAAUUAAUUGAAUCUACCAUCAUGUUGUGUCCACGAGUUAAGACAUGCUCCUGCCUAUGGCUUCCCAAACCUAUGCUGCUAGUAGUUUACUUCUCUUCAGAGACACUUAGUAGUCGGGAGCUCUCCAACUUCCUUAAAUGCAAACUGGACGACAAGCAUUGGUCAGACAAAAUCGUACGCGUGGACAACCUUCCCACUAACCCACACGGAAAAGUUUCAAAAUUAAUCCUCUCCAGAAUGUUCGAAAGCUCAUCAGAAUUAUUACCUGGAGUAAAAUCUAUAUUCUUGAAGGAACUGAAUGAAACAUUUACCAAGAACUUUAGUUAUGAUUGUAUUAAAAACAAAGAUUUCUUUUCAAUAGGUGGAACAUCAUUUCUUGCAGUCUCAAUGUGUAACAGAAUGUCUUUAAGUUAUCCAAAGCUAGGUAAAUUUAUUCUUCCGCUUUUGCUGUCACAUACUAAAUCAAUCGAUGAGAUAUUGGAAUUGUCUAACAACGAAUUUAAAAUAGAUAAAAAGGUUUCAAAUAGAAAGGUCAAACGAGCUAGAUCGCAAACCGAGACCUACGGCUCCAAAAGCACUAGUGUGUGCCCCUCAAGCGUGAAUGACUUCAUUGUGCUGUGGACCCACGACACCGGCAAGUGUGUCGAUGCAUCGCCGUCUUUGUUUCUGACUGGACACCAAAUGUUCGUUGCAGUCGGCAGCCACUCCGGUAUGAUCAUAGUAGCUGAUGCUGUGACGGGCACACUACAAGGGCAGAUACAAAUAAAGUCGCGUGUUGAAGCCUCCGUUUUGUGCUACCGCCAGGCGCCUAUCCCGCCGCUGGGCGUCGUCGGCGCCCACGACGGCACGCUGGUGUGCUUCACCCUCGAGGACUGCAAGGAAAUGUGGAGGAUCACCCUCGCAUCUAUGAUCAAAAGCAAAGCUGUGUGCUGCAAUGGAUUCGUAUACGUCGCUGCCUACGAUGGAAACAUACGAUGCAUUAAUGUCACGACGGGUAGCAUCAAACAGACCAUCACCAUAACCGAGGAAGGGAUAUCGGCGGACUUGGUGCUCGCUAAGAACCAGUUCGUUCUCGUGGGUACACUGUCGGGGGUCUGCGCUUGCGUUCACACGGAGACGAACGCCGUGGUGUGGCGCGGUUCGCUGGGAAGUCCCGUGUUCGCGAGCCCGGCGCUGUACGACGGGGACAAGUACGUGGUGUUCGCGGAGGUGGGCGGCGAGAUACACUGCCGCACGGUGGAAAAGGGGAUCAAGAUAUGGAAAUAUCAAGGCGCAAAAGGAAAUAUUUUCUCGUCUCUUUAUAUAAAAGAAACAGAGCACUUGAAAUGGCAGAUCGUGUUCGGAUGCCACGACGAAAAGGUCUACAGCAUCAACAUAAAGAACUUCCAGCCGAGCUUGCAUUGGAAGGUGCAGAUGAAUGCCCAAGUGUACUCCACUCCGUGUGGGAUUGGGGACAACAUAGUUGCCGUUUCCAAUAAUGGGAGGAUUUGCGUCAUAGACUCUCGUAAUGGGAGCAUAGAGUCAGAUUACGUGCUUCCUGGCGAAAUCUUUUCAUCACCCGCAGUUUAUGGGGAUUAUAUUUUCAUUGGUUGUAGAAAUGACAAUGUGUACUGCCUCAAAUAUACUCGCGACUUGACUACUUCUGCUCAUAAUUUUCGUGUACCUGAAUAGGGAAUAUAUUUUUGUGAUAUUACUUGUAAAUGGUAUUAUUGAAAUAAUUAAACAAAAUGCCUUGUAUAAUGAAACUUUACUCGUGAUCUUACACAGGACAUAUAUAGGUAUAAUGAGCAUUCAUAAUUUUGACAUAACAAUAUGAUAUGGUUACAGGAUCAAACUAAUGUACCACAAUGGAAUGCAUUCCUUUAGAGAUAAUCCCAUCACUUCACUUGUGCAGAUCACUCACAUUAUUAUGCUUAAAUUAAUAAUAAAAGCAAUCUUAAAACUGAAUAAAAUGCUUUGUAUAACAAUCUUAUAUUUUUG